AUGGCCAAAGCAUUUGACACUGUCUCCAUCCCACAUCUAUUAUCUAAACUAAAAACACUUGGCAUUCGUGGUUUACCUUUAAAACUGCUAACAAACUAUCUUAGUAAUAGAAAACACAGAGUCAAGGUCGAAAACCAUGUUAGUGAUGAGUGUGAGGUUAAGUUUGGCGUGCCUCAAGGCAGCAUCCUCGGUCCUACCCUAUUUUUAAUCUACAUAAAUGGCCUCUGCCAGCUUAACUUACAGCAGGGCAAAAUCUUCACCUUUGCUGACGAUACCGCGCUUUUCUUCAGUGGAGACAACUGGAAUGAGUUCGCGCAAAAUCACGCUAAUUGGCAACUUCGACAUUGGAGGCCAGUGCUUUUAACUGACGAAUCACGAUUCCGUCUAACACGUUGCGAUGGUGGUCUCCGUGUUUACAGACGCCCAGGCGAGCGAUACAGUGCAGUAGCAGUCCAGGAAUAUGACAAAUUUGGAUGUGGCUCUGUGAUGGUUUGGGGCGGAGUUAGUUUGGACGAGCGCACAGAUCUCGUCGUUAUUCCCGGGCGCUUGUGUGCUCAAACUUACAUUGAAAAUGUGCUCGAAGAUCAUGUUUGGCCCGCAGCAUAUGGUAUGGGCCCAGAUUUUCUUUUAAUGCAAGAUAAUGCCAGGCCGCAUACUACAGCUAUCACGUCAGAUUACUUACGACAGCAGGAAAUCCGUGUAAUGGAGUGGCCUUCCAUGAGCCCUGACCUAAAUCCAAUUGAACACAUUUGGGACUUGCUUGACAGGCGCAUCCGGAAGCGUCCGAUUGCACCUCAAGCACUGCAGCAGCUCACUGAAGCGUUGAUUGAAGAAUGGGAGCGAAUUCCACAAGAAGAUAUUCGGAGGAUCAUACGAAGCAUGCCGCGUCGUUGUCAAGCCGUGAUUAGGGCUCAUGGAGGCCACACACGUUACUGA